AUGGUAGAUUCCAGCGAGUUUGCUCAUUAUUUCCUUAUAAGAUGGAAAAUCGAAGACGACUCCUUAUCUUAUAUUGAUCAUGAUUAUUGGGAAGGAUUAAUAAAUCAAAUAGUCGAAUCACUACGGGUCAGGAAAGUGUCGGAUCGAGGUCGAGACAGACUAUUUCAGAUGGCUAUUGAUCGCGCCAACAAGCCACCGCCUGAUGGCGAUUCAAACCCAAACCAUUACAGCCAAUUGUCAGAGGCUCGAAGGUUCAAACUCAUGAUAGCAAUUAUAUGGAAUAUCUCUGCUGGUAAGGAUUGUGGUCGUAAAUUUUACCGUGAAGGCGAGAUACGAAUGCCUCGCGAUUCAGCAGAUAAAAACCCCCGUGGAAAGGAUUUUAGCGACACUGUAUGCUCUGUGCCGGAUGAUACUGAAGGUUUCUUUUCCUUCGUGAUGGAAACAUUGAAGGCUGCCAAAGAAUUCGCGUCAUGUCGCAGUCAGAUUCUAGCUCUUCGUCAGUCAUCUGCAAUUGAUUCGAAAAAAAGACAAUCAAAAAGGACUUCUUCAUCUGUGCGCAAAGAAAGCCCGAGCAACCAGAAAGAACUGAACCUUGAUCAAGUGGUAUCAAUCUCAUCAAACAGAGCAGGACAUUCAAGAGAAAAAUCCUCAUCUGAAGCCAACAACUCAUCAAGCAGACUAGAAAAACAUAUAAUCGGAGAUGCAACGUCGUGUUCGUCGAAUAUUGCGGGACGUUCGGUCGAAGCAGGACCAAAUAUUGAUCAGCUAAUUUCCAAUUCAUCAAAUAGAUUGGAAUAUUUAACUGGAGAGCAAUCAGACACGGAUAGCUCAGCGUCAACAUCAACUGCAUACGACCCGUCGGAACGUUCAAAUGAGUUUGGGGAAGUUGUUAAACCGUUAGCGGUUUCAUCAAAUGGAUUUGAACACCUAGCUGUAGAACAACCAGAAGUCGAUCGUUCAGCAUCAAUGUCGAUGGCAUCAGAUUCGUCAGAACAGUCAGACCCAUUAGGACAUUCAAUCCAAUCGGAGGAAGUUACUGAGCCGAUAGCACUUGCACCAAACAACUUGGGACAUCCAAUUGGACUUUAUCAUCCACCACUAGUUGGCAUUGAUAUUACAGGUCAUGGCAGUCUCAUUAUCAAGAAAGCCUUCUUGCACAAUAGGAAGAAAUCGCUCAUUGCCCUUGGAGUUCCUUUGGACGUUGUUUGUACACAAUCCAAGGACUACAUUGUAUGUGGACUAAAAGGUUGGAGCGAAGGAGGAUAUGUACAGGGACAAUUGGCUCUUGACAUUGUUGGUGUUUGGUUUGAGAAAUCAAUGCGUCAAUAUUAUUGUCACACCUUGAUAGAUUUCAUACGCGAACUCAGUGCAGGACAACAGUUGAAUUUCGGGCAACUUUAUAACGCCGCUGGUGGAUUUCCCCUCGUGGCUAGCCGAAGUAAAUUCGAUAUAGUUCCAGGAGACGCAGUGGUUGCAACCCGGUCUCAGAACGUUUCGCAGAAUUCUUCUUCUCAUCGACACUUAUUUCAAAUCACGAACCAGAAUGUUGCUGGUAAGUUCAUCGGUCGUGGCGGAGCCAGUACCAGAGAGGCCGAGAAAAUUCUGAGGCUAUCCAUUUCAAUCAAGCAGUUUAAUGGAAAAGAAUACUUUGUGUGUAAGCCUUGCGCACAUCAAAAUCUUGAUCGACAGGAGAUGGUCAAUCUUGAAAGAUGCCGAAUUGGUUUGGAAAUUAUCAGUAUAUGGCUUUGGGAACAUUGGAACGCACAAAACGACUACAUCAAAUUGCUGGAGUUCCUUUGUGGCCUGAAAGGAUCAAAUGAUCAAAUGACAUUGGAGGAAAUCUAUGAAGCCGCGAUACAUUCUAUGAGACGAAUGAGGCUGCCAUAUUCCCACAAGGCUUUCUUCGAGUCGAAUUAUUCCAUAGAAGCAGAAUCAGAAGAUCAGAAAGACAGAUUUUAG